AGUUCUUAUUGCUAUGUGUGUGUGUGUGUGUUUAUAGCCACCUCAUGUGAAGCGUCCAAAAAAAUUUAAGUUUAAAUGAAACUGAAUUAGAGGUGUUGACGACAUAUUUUGUAUUUUGAUCAUGAGUUUUUUUGUUAAGUUGAGGGCACGUGCUGCCUGAGAAGUGAGGAAACCCUCAGCGUUUUUUUCUAUUACUACAGACUGCUUAUAUUUAGUAAAUAAACAGCUAUGGAUGAUCUUCAGCUCCAUAUUCCAGAGGCAGGUAACGAUGACACUUCGGAUGAUGAAGGAAAUCAGUCGACAAUGAAACGGCCGAGUUUUCUGCACGUCUCUCCCUCUAAAAAGCGUUGCACAGAAAGCGGAUUUCAUAAAAGUACAAGAUGGUGUCUUCAUGCCAUUAGAGACGCCGUCCUGCAUCAUCGCUGGCAGGAAGCUGCAGGAUAUUUAGAUGUUUACACUCAAACACUGGAAGACACCACAACCAGCAAGCAGUCAGUGGCCUGUGAGAUUAUUUGGAGACUUGGCACUGAAGUCCUCCAGCAUCAUCCGCACAAAGAUCAGGAACAUUUUACUGUUUUGUACGAACGCAUGAAAAACACCGGAGUGAAAAAUUUUGCUAAGGUCUGUCUGGAGCACGCCUUCCACCUCCUGUUAGAUGGACACAUUCACAAGGCCAAGCAGCAGCUAUCGGUGGCCACGAGCUGGAGGUACGGCCAGCAGUCCACCAGUCAGUCUCUAGAGUUAAAACUCAUCCACGCCUACUGCGGCUUUCUGGAUUAUUUGGUCUGGUCUCAGAAAAGGUCAUCCCUGUCUGAUACAGAGGAUUGUGUAAAUAAUCGUGAGUUGCACACCUACUUCAGACAAGCCUCCGUGACCCUGCAGGAGCUCAUUAAACAGCCGGGAGUGUGGGAUCCUUUCGUUUGGGCUUGUGUUGAUAUGUUUGAAUUCUACAACGCCGAAGAAGAAGUUCUACAGUUACUUCAAAACUACGCCAAUAACAAGGAUUAUCCCUCAAACCCCAACGCACACGUUUACUUAUACGAGCAUCAGAAAAGACACAAAGCUUCAACAGACCAACUUCUUCAAACCCUGAAGGGUCUGCACUUACUGGUUCCCAGUCACGAGCUGAUGCUGGAAUAUUGCUCUCUGUUGAUUAAAUCAGGAGAGCAGCAGGAUCUACAGCACGCUCUUAGUGUUGCUAUGAAUCUUCUAGAAUACACCAGCUGGAAGACUGACAUGAAGGCCUGGACGUGUCUGCUGGAGGUACUCAAAUGCCUCAAAAAUAAGCGUCUCAAGAUUUUUAUAAUAGAAGAGCAGAAAGCAAGAAGAGAGCUCUGGAUGAAGAUGCAUUUUAAAGCCUUCCACAACAGGAAGGAUUCUAAAGAGAGCGCAGUACUUGUGCAUGUCAAAACCAAAGCAGCAAAACUCCUGGGGAUGUACAGCAGACGUUACAAGGAGGUGUACAAUCCAGAAGAGAAGAAGCUCAUUCAGAAGAAGAAAAAAGAAAAAAGUAAAAAAACAUGAUGUUUUGAAUAUUCUGAAGUUUCCCUGCAGGAAAAAUCUCAUCCAGAUAAAUAUUACACCAUUUGCUUUUUUACUGAUUUGGUCUGCUGUAUCUGGACACUGGGGUGUUUUUUUUUUAAAUUUCAAAUCAUUUCACCAAAAAAAGAAAAAUGUGAAUAGUUUACUGAAUGGAAUAAAGAGUAUAUUUUAUGAGAUGUACUGAAUUUGUCCUGAAUUAAUUAUAUGUUCUGAUGAAGUAUUUCAGAAGGAAAAUGGUAAUUAAUAAAAAAAAAAAAGAAAGAAAGAAAGAAGAAGAAAAAUGUAUAAUUUACUGAUGCUCAUGAGGGCAACAGGAAACAAUAAAAGCUUUGGUGGGGGCGUUAACUUUUAAACAGAAUUGUUGUAAUUUUUUACUAUUUUGACUUCUGGAAAACAUCUUAUAUAGAUAUCUUAAGUAGCUUCUGAAGUGCAGUACUGAAAUGAAAAAAAAGAAAGAAAAAAAAAAGGAUAA